AUGCUGCGGUUCUUCGCCUUUCUACAUCUCCCUCCUGAGCUCAGCGCCCAACAUCUCCAGCAGGAGCAGCACCUCCUCUUCCGGGCCAUCCUGACCGUCACCGUGUCAUCGACCCAGCAGAGGCUCCUUCGUGGCGGCGAGCUGAAAAAGCUCAUCGCACAGGCAGCGUUUGUGGAAACCCAAGCUCACAUGGACCUGCUGCUUUGUGUCUUAACCUAUGUAGCCUGGGGGUACGAUCAGUUCUUCAACAAGGUCGCCAGUUCUUCGCGCCUCACUCAAUUGACCAUCUCACUCGUAGGCGCUCUCCACCUGCACAAAUCGCUGCCUCGCGAGGCCCAUUCGAUGCCAGGCGAAGUGCACGAGAUCGCCAUGCCUCACACGACGAAUGCGGAGACUCGUCAACUGCUGCUGGAGCGGGCACGGGCGGUGCUUUGUUGUUUUCUCCUGAGCUCGAUAGUCUCUUCCUAUUUCGGCGAUAUGGACGCGAUGCGAUGGACCCCGCAUGGAGCAUACCUGCGCAAUAUUGAUGGCACCACCCCCUGUCCAACCGACAAGAUACCAACGAGGACAGCAAGGAGAAGGGUCGGUUCCGACAAGGAGCCUGCUCGCGAGUUCGUCCACGAAUACGUCAAUGGCAUCACUGCAUUGAUCAUCAUCGUUCCCACCACACUGGUCUACUUCCUCCUCAUGCUCGACGGUUCGAUCAUCUCCAUGGCGAUUCCCACCAUCACCUCCCAGUUCGACUCGCUGCUCGAUACUGGCUGGUAUGGCGGAGCGUAUCAGCUAGCCAGCUCGGCCUUCCAGCCUCUCAGCGGCAAAAUCUACACGUACUUCAGUACAAAGGUAGUAUUCUCUUCUCCCGUUAGAAAGCUUUCCAUCGUGUUCAAAGGAGCUAACCGCGCGGCCAAUGGUCCUUCCUCGCCUUCUUCGUCGUCUUCGAACUAG